AAACCUGCCGUACAAAAUCUCGGCCGAUGAGCUGUAUGACAUUUUUGGAAAAUACGGGACAGUGAGGCAGAUACGAAAGGGAAAUGCCGAAGGUACCAAGGGAACAUCCUUUGUCGUCUACGACGAUAUUUAUGAUGCCAAGAAUGCCCUGGAUCACUUGUCCGGUUUCAAUGUGGCGGGGAGGUACCUCGUAGUUUUGUAUUACGAUCCGGUGAAGGCUCAGAGGAAGAAGGAGCUGCAGGAGAAGUUGAAAAACGAGCAGGAGGGGAAGAAGUAG